GGAGUUUUCAAGUUCCCGAGAGUUUGUUUGGAGUUAUUAGGAAGAGUGCUAUCGGCUUGAUUUUGAGACUGUUUUAACUGGGAUACGAUCCCGAACCAUAUCACCAAGCCUGCUCAGCAAAAAAAAAAAAAAAAAAAUGCCCUCCGACUUUCUCACCCCGUUUAUGGAGUUGGACGAUGAAUUCUGCAAGAACUUUCUCACCAUGGAUUUGACAGGUGGCGUUAUGCCUAGUUUGACGCAAAAGAAGACACGAGGAUUCCAACGCAGGCACUCGACUUGCCCCGUCACCCUCCCCAACUCCAAAUUCAAUAACGGCAGCGCAGACCAACUCAGCGAGCAUUCCGGGUGGCCUCUGCAGCCGCAGGACAGUCAACACUGGAGCCGGGAGAUGCAGCAGCAACUUCCCCGGUCCUGCCUCAAUCAGAUCCCGUUCAGGGUGGACCGCUCGGUCAGCAUGAUCGAAAGCCAGGUCAGCAAUUUCGGUGGUCCUCCUCAGGUCGCUCCCCCUCCUCUGGCACCCCCUCCCGGCUUGGGAAGCAGCACUAGUUCCUUGUCCCCUUCCAAAUCGCCCACUUCCCCUGCCCCUGCCCCCAUGUCUUCGCGGUACAAAACUGAGCUGUGCCGUACCUUCGACGAGAGCGGCACUUGCAAAUACGGAAGUAAGUGCCAAUUCGCACAUGGCACAGACGAGGUUCGAGGUCUCUCUAGGCACCCCAAAUACAAAACCGAGCCCUGCCGUACAUUCCACACCAUUGGUUUCUGUCCCUACGGCGCCCGCUGCCACUUUAUCCAUAACGCAGACGAGCAGCGCCCCGCCGCAGCCACCGAUGCGCAGCAGGCACGUCCCCAGCUCCGCCAGAGUAUAAGCUUCGCCGGUUUCUCAACCAGGUACACCUCCGGCUUCCAAAAUCUCAAUGAGCCCCUAGCCUUCUCGAGAGCUUCCUCUGUGUCUCCUCCACCUUCCACUGGCAGCCCUGAGUUACUCUCCCCCAUUUUUCCCGAACCCAGAGCUCUCAAGCACAGCUACCCUUUCUAUGGGGAAGUCGGCAACGAUCAGCCUGCCACCCCAAGCUUUUACGCGGUCACUGACUCCAACUGCGCACAAUGUCCGUACGGCACUGACCAAAACGGGCUUCAGCCGGCCACAACCCACAACCACCAUAGGACUGUCUUUACUUUACCGGGGCUGCCUCUGCUUCAGAGAAGCGCCUCGGCGGACUCGCUCUCAGACCAGGAAGACUACACCAGCUCAAGCAGCCUCAGUGGCUCCGAGUCCCCGAGCUUCGAAGGCAGGCGGCUCCCCAUAUUCAGCAGGAUCUCCGUGUCAGACGACUAAAAGGAAGCAGCUUUUCAGUUAUAGUAACGCCGCCAAUGCGGUGCACAUUGCAUUUCUUGUUAUCAAAAUGAAAGUAAGCAGCUCUGCAGUUGUCUGCCACUGUUUGUCUCCUAGCCCCGAUUCUGUAUACUGUCGUAUACAUUUGUAGCUACUGUGGGUACUUCUAUUGUAUUAGCUUUAAACAUGUGUGUGUGUGUAUAUAUAUAUAUAUAUAUAUAUAUAUAUAUAUAUAUAUAUAUAUAUAUAUAUAUAUAUAUAUAUAUAUAUAUAUAGACUUACAUAAAGAAGAAAGUUCUAUUUCUGAAUUUUCUGUACCCAUUUUUUUUAGCUCUAAUAAUUAGUAAUAUUGUAGGCGUUGUACAGACUAACCAUUGCUAGAUUGAAACAUUUUUAUAUUAGUGACGCGCAUUUGGCAAGCUUGAAUAGUUUUUUUUUAACCUACAGUGUGUGUGUGUGUGUGUGCAAAUCGCCUUUUUAAAAGUGCCAUACACGGAGGUCAAAGCAACUAUUCACGGCAUACACUUACUAGUUAGAAAAUGGCAUGCCUUAUAGCAAUGGUUCAGCCCACGGUCUCUGCCAUUACGGUGCACGUUACCAAAGCUGAGGUUGCUAUAGUUACCUUACGUUUUUGUAACUGCAGUUAACAUGAAAUAUUAUGUUUAUUCCAAAAUGUCUGUAAAAUGUAGCCUUCUUUGAAGACAGUAUUGUUGACUAUAGCCUAACUCUAAUGCUCUGUACAUUUGUAUCGUUAUUUAUUUGUAUUGCUGUUUUGUUUUUUGUUAUUUUGUAUACAAUUAUUAUUUCAUAAUGCUUUCUUAGUGUGAAGAAAUGGUGUUAUUGUAACCCUGCUUUUUUGUUGAUUUUUUUUUUUUUAUCCAAUGAUUUGUAGUAUGUUGGCUAUCUUGUAGCUUUAAGAAAAAAUAAUACACAGAGUUUCUUGAAUGUAGAUCUAUCUCAGGAUUUAGAAGACACGUAUGAAUAAUAAUAUUUUUAAUAAUAAUUAAAAACAAAAAGUUUAUGAGAUCUAGAGCAAGUCUCGUAUACUAUUAAUAGAGAUUGUGAUACAUAUUUAAUUGGUUGAGUACACUAAAAACAAAUACAAUGUGGCAAUUAAAAAUAAAAUAUGAAUCUCCCUUAAUGGUUACAGGGCUUGAGUUGCCUAUAAAGUUUAUGCCAUAAGAAGUGUUUUAAAAUAGGUGUUCUUUAUGUUGUGUUCAUUUUAUUACUUUUGCAACUGUACUCGAUAGUAAACAGAGUAUAGCAAUGUAGACAUGAAGUGUUUGUAUAACCUUUGCCUUAACUUCAUGACAGAAAAAAAAGCUUUUACAUUUGUUAACUUAAAAUGUUUUAUUUAUUUUAUGUUGUGGUCGUAUAUCUUGUUUGUUUUGGAUUUUCUUUUUAUUUAAUGACUUUGUUUACAUUCCAUUGCAUGGGAAUCGUUUUUGUUUAUACCUUGAUAUAUUUUUGACACCUUUUUUUAUAAAAAAUAAUAAAAAAAAAGUUUUAUUAAAUAAUAAUAACAAUGAAACAAAUUAUUGGCUUCCUAUUUUCUUAGUUAUUCAGAAAAUAAAGUCAAAUAAAAAUAUAUGUUUAUUAUUUUAAUGGUAA